AGUAUCAUCUGAAGUAUGGAAGCCUCACAAGGAAUAGUUCUGGCUCCAUUGGAGCAAAAAAACAAGGAAGCCAUGGAAAUUCCAGUAUUCACUGUAGAUGCAUUCACCAACCAAGUUUUCAAAGGGAACCCCGCAGCAGUCUGUCUUUUACAAAAUGAAUUACAGGAUCAGGUGUACCAGAAAAUUGCAGCGGAGAUGAACCUUUCCGAGACUGCUUUUAUUUCCAGACUGAAUGUUACAGAUGACUUCGCCACCGCGGCUCGUUUUCGCCUGAGAUGGUUCACCCCAAAAAAUGAAGUCGUCUUGUGCGGGCACGGCACCAUCGCCUCGGCGGCCGUGCUUUUUUACCAUAAAAAAAACCAUAACGCAGUCCUGACUUUUGAGACGCUUAGUGGGGAAUUACACGUCAAAAUGGACGGGGACGCCCUAGUGAUGGACUUUCCCCUAAACAAGCCGACUAUGCAGGACCCAAAUGAAGUUAAAGAUCUUAUUAAAGCUGCAGUUGGAGAACUGCCUGUGCAGGAAGUGCGGUACUGCAGGGCCAUCAGCGAGCUGCUCAUAUGCCUCAGUGACUCAUGUGACAGGGCAGCCUUGAUGUCCCUGCAGCCAGACCCUGCCAGCCUCCUGCAUGCAGAGCCCACCGGGAAGGUGAAGUCACUCAUGGUCACCCUGAAGGGUGAUCCAGUUGCUCAGCCAGCCUAUGACUUUUUCUCAAGGAAUUUUGCUCCCUGGCAAGGAAUUCCUGAGGAUCCUGUAACUGGGUCAUCACACACUGUGUUAGCCAGCUACUGGUCAGAGAAAUUGGGAAAGCAAAGGAUGCUGGCCUACCAAUGCUCCAGUCGAGGGGGGGAGCUUCACCUGCACAUAAAAGACAACAACAGAGUGGACAUUGCUGGCCGUGCAGUUACAGUCCUGAAGGGGGUACUCACACUCUGAACACUUCAGACAGUUCCCGGAUGCUGUCCAACAUUUCCCUCAUACAAAACUCAGAACUGAUCUUGAGAUUUAGGCUGAAAGGAAACUAGCUAGAAAAUACUAAUAAUCUAAAUACUAUUAAAUUUACUAUAAAUAAUUUAUAGUAAAGAUACCCAGACAUUAUUUGGAGAGAAUUUAUUUUUUUAAAAUCAUAGCAAAAAAAAAAAAAAAAAAACUUAGCUUGAAAACAGAGUUGGAAUGUGUAUUUCUUUGUGUCACAUUUUCAAAUAUAAACCAUUGCAAAUCCAGUCAGUAUUAAUACACAAACAUGUAUGUGUCUGAUGUAAUUUUGGGUAAACUAUAGGAACUAAAAAUGUUAAGUGACCCCCUAUAUCACAUUGGAUUUCCAAAAGGUCAAAUGACUGCUCUGUACCAAAACCCGCAAGGCUGUAAGCAGUCUGUAACCUCAUCGACAUCUUCAGUCAGACAGGGCUCUAGCUGGAAUCAAACCAGGAUGGUAAAUAUCAAUGUAUCUUAAAAUGGUUAAAAGCUCAGAUGGGGCUUGAGAGGACUUGUCACCAUCUGCUGAAAUGAAUUCAAGUAAUAUUUUGAAUUAGUGAUAAAACUGACAAAAAGAAAUACGACAUACAAAAGAAAUAACUUUUACCUGACUUGUGAUAAACAGCAACAAUAAAACAGCAACAAUAAAACAAAAGUUUUUAUGCUUAGUA